AUGAGACCUGAACAAAACUACGAAAUCUACACAGAGUCCGAAUAUGAAUACGAAGUAUCUGAUGAUGACUACAUGGAAGGUGAUUCUCUCUUUGACAGUUGCAGCGAAGUCGGCGACGAUGACUACGACCCAGAAGUCGAACAAAAAGCUUACGAAGAAGAAAUAUACCAAGAAUUCUGUAAUGACUUUACGAAAGAAAACACAUCGCCUGAAGUUUUCCAAACUUUACGAGAACGGAUUAAUCCGAUCCUCGAUCUCAAAAAUCAAGUACGGAUUCUAACAUAUAGGAUUGACAACAACGAGCGAUACACCACAAGCCAACUUUUAGAACAAGAAUCAAAGAUGCAUCGUAGUUUUGAGGCCGCGUUUCCCGGUGAUAUUGAUGAUCACCCAGAUAAAGAGUGGAGAGUAUUUCGUAAUUAUUUGGAUGAUGUGAGAUUGGCAGUCGAGGAUUUGUGUUCGUUGUUGAAUUAUGGUCAGUUGUGUUGGCAUUCGCAUUGGCCUCAUUUUACUCCAUUGAAACAGGAUGACGAAGAGUGA